AUGGCUGAUUUUGGAGAGAUCCUCAGGAACAUCGGGGAGUUUGGAACGUUCCAGAAGCUCAUCAUUUGCACACUUUCUUUCCCAAAUAUUAUUUUAGCUUUUGAAUUUGCGUGCAUCUUUUUCAUCGAGUCAGAUCCAGAACGACAUUGCAACACGGACUGGAUCCUCAAGGCUGACGCUAACCUGACCACACGGGAGCAGCUGAACUUGACCGUUCCUCUGGAGCAGGAUGGCUCCUUCAGCAGGUGUCGCAUGUUUGCUCCGGUGGACUGGGACAUCGGAGACAUCAGGGAGCACGGACUCAAUGAGACUACAGUGUGUCAGAAUGGUUGGGUGUACUACAGUUCACUUUAUACAGCCACCAUAAUCACUGAUUUUGAUCUCGUAUGUGAUCGGGCUCCUUUGCUGCAAGUGGCACAAACAGUGAUGAUGUCGGGCAUUUUGCUUGGUUGCCUCUUAUUCGGACCUUUCGCUGAAUCGUUUGGUCGUAAACGAGCAGUUCAAAUUCCAAUGGCUUUCACCCUCAUCUUUACCAUCACCACUGCAUUGUCCCCCAACUUCCUGCUAUACCUGCUCUCACAGUUUUUCAUGGGCCUUGGCUAUGGAGGAUUUCGCCUAAACUGCCUUAUAUUGGCCACCGAGUGGAUUGGCGUGUCCAAAAGGUCGUGGGCAGCAUGCAUAACUCAACUAUGUGGUGCAAUUGGACAGGCCAUCCUUGCUGGUGUGAUCUACAUUGUCAGAGACUGGAGACUCGCUCAACUCGUCACUGCAGCUCCACUAGCAGUCAUUUUCAUUUAUAUAUGGUUCCUUCCAGAGUCAGCCAGGUGGCUGUUGGACAGAGGGAGGACAGAAGAGGCUAAAAUGUUGCUGGCAAAGGUGGCAGCUGUCAACAAACGCCCAUUUUCAGACUUUCAUCUGGAAAAGAUUGCUGUGAAAGAAGCGGAGAAAAAGUGUGCCGUUUCAAUACUUAUCCAGUCAUCUGUGCUUAGGAAGUAUUUCUUUACCGUAAUAUUUAUAUGGUUCUCACUGAAUGUUGCAUACUACUGCAUUUCAUUCAAUGUGGGGAAUUUCGGUUUGGACGUAUUCUUGACACAGCUCUUGUUUGGUGUGACUGAAUUGCCUGCUCACAUACUUUGUAUGUGGCUGUUGGAAGCACUGGGGAGAAGAAUAUCGUUCAUCUCAACACUUCUGGCUGGGGGGUCCUUGUGUAGUUUGAUGCUUGUUUUUAGUCAAGGCAAUCCUGUUGCUGUAACUGUACUGGCAACAUCAGGACGUUUCAUUAUUAACUCGGCCGCAACCGUAUGUAAUGUUUAUGUCCAAGAGUUAUUCCCAACAUCUUGUCGACAAACAGCCUCUGGUUUAGGCUCCAUUGCAAGUCGGGCGGGUGGUCUGAUCGCGCCGCUGGUCAACAUGUUAGCUCUUUACCACUGGUCCAUACCCAUCGUAAUCUUCAGCAGCCUCACUCUAAUCAGUGGGGGUCUGAGCUUCCUUCUUCCUGAGACACAAGGGACUGAACUACCAGAUUCAACCGAUGAGGCUGAGAGCAACAGAAAUAAGAAGACAACCAAGAAAGAAUGUGAAUCAAAUAUACACAUCAAAUCAAGUAAACUGUAGCGCCUGCCAACACCAACAGCUUUAUACAAUGCUCUGUGUGUCCAAACCAUUUUUAGAAGAAGAUACACUGCCUGG